AUGGUAGGUACCGCACAUCUGUGGCAUCUGAUCGCUUUCGCGAUCCAUCAAAUCCGAGCCAAUGGCCAGGAAGCAGAUCCACUCUUCAGACAGCAGCAAGCGUUACUGCGAACGCUCCCAACACCCAGCUCUGUAGUUGCGGAAGCACUAAAGCUAUGGUGGGCUUGGAGAAGAAAAGCAGACCGGCCUUUCCUUCGAUCAGUGUGCUUGGUACUCAUUGCAGUUGUUUUCACGACUAUGACAAUCGCAGCCUCAGUGUUCUCCUCGCUCAUAGUCGAUACUGGAGCUAUCGAGGUACUGGUCGACCCCCCCUUCUGUGGAAGCACGAACCUCAUCGGAACGGCAUGGCGGACACAUGCGAACGAACUCGAUAUAAUUGCUCCAGCGUAUACACAGGACUGUUACAGUAACGGAUCACUUCCUGUGACGUGUAACGUCUUCACGAAGCCCAAUGUCCCACUCACAGUCGAAAAUGUGCCUUGCCCAUUCAACGAUACCAUGUGCGAUACCGAGGACGCCGUUAGUGUCGAUUCCGGCCUGGUCGACGUAGGCAAAGCCUUCGGUUUAAACUUGCCCUCCAAAGAUCGCGUUACCUUUCGAAAGAAGAUCGAAUGCACUGUCUUACCGGUUGAAGGAUACUACGAUGUCAUUGACCUGAAAUACAUGCCCAUGUGGAAACCGGACUUCCGAGAGAUAUUCCCAGGCGAGCAAGUUGCAGCUAUCUUCUAUGGACCCACGCCUCCGCUUGAUACUGGCGAGAGCUUCCUUGCCUACCUCGUCGCGUCCAACGUUAGUGGCAAUCCAAAGGUUCCACGAGGCGGCAUGUUCUAUGCCGGACCAAACAACACAGUCCUUCCUACCUGGUUUCCGAAGGAAAGCUUCUACCCUUUGAGUGCUGAAGGGCCAGAAGGCGAUGUGUUCUGGAAGCCUUUCUUGCCCAACUCUCUAGAGUUCGGGGAACCUGUCGACGAUCCCCUUUACUCAGCACACAAAGAAGUGAAGAAGAUUGACGCAGCAAACGAUAAACCGUUCUCGCAAUAUUUAGCGGAUCAUCCAAUCAAGGGUGUGGGGUGUACGCAGCAUCUUCAAUAUUGCCAUGCUAGAGACGGUCAAGAAGACUGGUGUACCCGGUUCGAAGGUGUUCCCUACCACACGUUCCGCGAUUUCGAUUUUCCCGAAGCGAACAGUGUGCAACGCGCGGUGCUGCAACUGAUCGUUAAAGCGGUCUGGCUACAUGCUACCGUCAAUGUCAUGUCGUGUAAAGUAACCACCAUGAUGUCUAGAGGAGAUUUCGAUAUUCCGUCUGUACCCAAUGGUUUCUGGAAACAAGAAGUAUUGGGAUGGGAACAAGAGGUCUGGGCGGCCAUGCAAAUCCAGGUCUCACAGCAUGCGAGUGGACCUCAAUUCGGCGACCCGUUCAAAGACGACGUCUUUCUCAAACCAGAGACAGAAGGCGAAAAAGCUCUUUGUGGAGCUCAGAAGAUGAGAAAGUCAGGUGGAUUUGUUAACAUCAACGUCUUCGGUCUCUCGUUCAUCAUUGCCUUCUCCGUCCUCGUCGCAAUCAUCGACAUCACGCUCCUCAAAUUCCUCGUCUACCUCACUCGCUUCCGCCGCGCACUCGGCCCACGCAUCGCACGCUGGACACAAGAUGGAGUGUGGCAACUGCAACGUCGAGCCUACGAGGGCGAAGGCCACCGGAAUUGGACUGAUCUGGAAAGCGAAAUCCCGCUCAUGGAGAAGGGUCAUAAGCUCAAGGAUCUUCCGAUCAUGUGGCGGCCUGGCAAGAGUCCGAUGAUGGCGCAGACGUCUUCGUUCGCUUCAACGAAUUCGAUAGCAUCGGCGCAGCAGUCGGUAAGCGAGUUAGCGGCGGAGGAUGUAGAGACUGCGCCGGUUGUCACUGAGCCGCGGAGGGGCUGGUUUGGCUUCGCGCGACGUUAA